CUCAUGGUCGCAGUUUUUGGGACUUGUUUGUGUUUUGUUUAUUUUCAGUUAUGUAGUAUUGUACUCACAUUCAAGUCAUUCAACCAUGCUCUAUGGUUUCACGUGGUCUAUCCAACUGUCGGCUGCUAAUCAGUAAUUAAUUUUUGCGACACGUUAAAAUUCAGUCCACUACGUGAACACUAAACAUGAAACUGUUGACGCACAAUUUGCUGUCGUCCAAGAGUCUGAAAGGAGUCAAAGUAGGAUACCCACUUCGCAUUGUCGCGAAAGAUGUCAAGAUAUCUGAAUCUACAUUCAAUAAGGAGUUUGUGAAGAGAAUCAUACCAAAACUUGAUUGGAAAGUAUUUGUUAACGCCGCUGUGCAAAUCGGCCAUGGUAAUGACCUGUCUGAUGAGUUAAUCGAUGACUAUGAAGACGACGAAGAGUACCUCAAAAAAGUCCACCAUGUACUUAUGGAAGUAGAAAUUAUAAAUGGCGAACUUAUAUGUCCAGAAACAGCUCGAGUAUUCCCAAUAUCAUCUGGCAUACCUAACUUACUGUUAAAUGAAAAUGAAAUAUCACCAUAAAUUCUAUAUUCAAUUUCUUCUCAUGUGUUAAGAUAAAUGAUUUUUAUCAAGGUUUAAUAAUAAAAAAAAAUGUAUUUAACCAGCG